GGGUCAGAGCAAACGACACACUUGAAUGUGCUGAGGCUGCAGCCGGAGCCAGUAGAUGUGACCUCAGCCAGUCCUUCCCUGUGCCCUUGUACACAAUUGAAUAAGGUUCAUAUUAUUACACAACACCACUUCUGCAUCAACAAUCAGUCUGGCAGCAACAGGAGCACACUGCUACAGAAGAGCCCUGUAAGUCAGCUAAAGUUGCAGAUAUAGAUUUUAAUCCAUUCGGAGUGGAGUUUUUCAAGUAACCAUGUUAGAUGACAGUCUAUUUAGAAUGCCUCACCUGAUGCCAUUGGAUCACCUAUUGCUCACUGUCAAAAUGCCUUUCCACUAAAAAAAAUAUGUGUUUGUCUAUAUGAAUGUCUCUGUACUUUGUGCUUAGCCACAUAAGUUCUCAGUGUUAUGUUUUCGAAUGCACCAAGGGGAUUAGGCUUGCAGUUAUAUCUUGCUGGUCUCAUCAGGACUGAGGCAUGCAUUGCCAAGUACCAUAAAAAUGUCCCAUUGUCCUUAACUCGCUUUUAAUAUAGAAGCAUGACUUUGUUAUUUUCCUUAUUACUUGCUUUGAUCUUAAUUUGCUAUGCUCUGACAAGCCUUUCCGAGCUUAUAUGUGUGUGUGUGUGUGUGUGUGUGUGUGUCUUUAGAAAAAUAUAAGUCUCUUUAGGAAAGGUAACCCUUGAGUCUUGCUUUUCUUGAUGUUGAAUAUCUAGAAAGAAGGGACUGCUAAUGCGCAAACUGCAGAAGGAAGAAGGAAUCACUCCCUUUCCCUAAGCAGGAAAUGUGGGGUUCAAAGUGAAAUGACACUAUUGUUUUCCAUUGCUUAACACUAGGAUGCUGCUAGGCACAGAAGAAAUCAAGAGCAAGAUGUAUUAUUGGCCCAGAAUGCAUUUGAAAAGAAGGAACUGCAGCAGCAUGAAUUUCUUCCUCGCCACCAAUCCUUGAGAUCUCAGGGGAAGUACAUCCUAAUCAAGUAA